AGCCGGAGCUGCUGCCUCCGCCGCUGGAGAAGAGCAUGUCUGCAACUAGAGCCAAGAAAGUGAAGAUGGCCACCAAAUCGUGCCCCGAGUGCGACCAACAGGUGGGUUCCUGUUGCAUUAAAUCUUGUCCCUGUGGUUAUGUAUUUAUUAAUAGGAAACUUCUAAAAGUAAAAUGCUCAGAGAAAUCAUCACCUUUUACAGAAGUGAACAGUACCAUAUCUUUGAAAGAUUUGCGAAUACUAUUUUUAUAUGAAUUUAAACUAGGACACAGUGCAGCCACAGCAAGUAGAAACAUCAAUUCUGUCUUUGGAAAAGGCUCUGUUAGUGAAAGGACUAUCCGGUGGUGGUUCGAAAAGUUUCGUUCUGGGGAUCUGAGUCUGAAAAAUGAGCCUCGAGGGAGACCCAGAUCUGUUUUAAAUGAAGAUCAAUUGAGAGCCAUGGUGGAAGCUAACCCCAAAACAGCAAUUCGAGGCCUCGCAGCAGACUUAGGAGUUUCUGCUACAACAAUUUCUCGACACCUGGCUGCAAUAGGAAAGGUGAAAAAGUUGGACAAAUGGGUAGGUAACACCAGCUGAUGGAGGAUCACAAACUGAGAUGAUUAGAGAUGUGCUCAUACCUUAAGAUUUGAAAGAG